AUGCGCACCGCUGUCGCGACCGUGCUGCUUUACCUUUCCUCACUACCGGGACCGGGCAGUACUUCUUCGAACGUUUUCGAAGUCCACGAAUUCCUGUUCAUGAAUAAGUCGAUCCUGUACCUCUGGAAGCGGCGCACCAACCCGAAGGCCGACAGAUUCUGCCUCUGCUACGGCCCGUCGGCAGCCAUGAGUCGCCAUUUCGGCGCCUUCAACUGCAGCGCCAGCCGCAGGGGAGCGCUGUGCCACGUGCGCGACUCGUUCGCCGGGUGCUUCGGCAAUGCCGAGCUGGCCCAGGCGCCACCACAGCGGCGUGACGCCUUCGUGAUCCCCGCGCGGCUGCCGUCGCUGCCUCCAGCCGAAUCGUCGCCAGGGGCCACCAUCCAGUGCCGACUGAUCGACAACACGACGGCAGACGUGCUGGGCGACUUCCCGGGAAACACGAAUCUCACCUUCUGUGGUGUGGACGUGUGCCGGCACUGCGUGGGUGGCUUCAGCAACAAGACCUUCUGCACGUCGCUUUGGACUAGGGACCCCUUGCUGAAGUUCGAACCAGUGGCCCAGUCGGACUUCACGGUGGGUGUUCGGUGGCGCGGUUCGCGGGCCGCCGAUCAGGAGUUCACGGCCAAGGUGUGCGCCUCGGAGGGCAACUGUUACACGGAUUGCUUCGAGGAGCACGUUCCCGGGGCCAGCGGCCAGUUCCUGGUGCCCACCGACUUGUGGCGGUUUCGCAUCGCCAUCUACAUACGCCGCCACGACGGCACCACGUUGUACCAGAAAAACUUUCGAAGCAAAAGGCUGGCACCCGACCGGCCCUGCUUCUCGACGGGCAUUGUGAAGAGCUGGUCGGAGAUCUGGCUCUACUGGUGGCCCCAGGACGACACGAGUGACGGCUACGUGGUCAGCUGGUGCGGCGGCUCCGACGAAAGCAGCCACCACCCAGUCACGGCCGCCGUUUCCGGUGCUACAGUUGCGCCGGCGUCCGAGAAC